CAACAGGCAUAGCGACAUGCAUAACUAACCACACGACUUGACAUCAUAGAAAGAUUUAUAAUAAUUGAAGUAACAGUGGUAUAAAAUUGAUGUAUAUUAAUAUAAAAGAACAAAUUAUGCUUAGAAAUGUCUCAAUUUUGGCGUGGUCAUUGGACAGAUGAUACAUUUACACCAAAAAGAUUGCGAAAUUGGGAAGUAUCAAAAUGGUACCCAAGUUUGCCAAACAGACACUGUGUUACUACUAAAUUUAUUGCAGAUAAUAAUGGACAUAUAUUAAAUGAUGCCAACAAAGAUGAACAUUCACCAUGGGGAACAUUUAAAGGCACAUGGGAUUUACCAAAGAAGAUUACCAGAAAUAUUGCUAAAGAAUUAUCAAUGACUCCCCAGUACAAGAAAGAUUCAUGGGAAUUAUAUGUAAAGAAACAUCAAAAAUUAUGUAAGAAAAUGGAGCUAAAAAAGAUUAAUUGUAAGGAAAAAGCAGAAAUCAUGGCGCCAUCAAACAAUACAGCAAAAAGAGAUCAAACGGACAAGCAAUGUUAUACAUUUGUUGAAAAUGAUGAAGAUUAAAAAACCAUGGCAUAAUUAUAAUUAAACAAUUUGGAGAUUAUUACCAAGUCAGCAGACUUGUUUACUUGAAUUUUCUUGUCAAGUCUACGUCCAUUAGGCACAAAUAAAUCUGUCGUGAUUAACUUAGGUUCUAAUUUAUUGAUCUUGUCAAAAACAUGUGUUUUCGCUUUUGUAAAAUAUACCAAUGUCACUAGGUUAUCAUUGUAUAUACAAACUAAAUGAUUCUUAGUAAUAAUGACUGUGAAUAAAAAAAAGAUACAAUAUUA